AUGGCGAUGAACAAUAUCAGUCAAUUUUCUGGUUCUGAUGGUGCAAUAGUAUUACAUAAACCUCGUAUACCUCCUUUCUUAACGAAGACAUAUGAAAUGGUGGAUGAUCCGAAUACGAAUUCUAUUAUUAGCUGGAGUUUAACUGGGAAAAAAUACUUGUUAUCUAACAUAAAGCGACGAAAUCAAAAUCAGAAAAUUCAAGAACAUUGUUAUCAAGAAAAUUACUAUAAUGGGGUAGAGACAGAGUUGAGGAGCCAGAGAGAUUUCAACGUUACAUUGAUGUCAGAAAUCGAGAAGAUGAAGGAGAAACAAGACGAUUUGGCUAAUGGAAUCGCGUCGUUGAGGGAAUACUUAGAAAAAUCUGAUGCUAAAUUUAGGAAACUUCUCUGUUUCUUGGCAAAAGGAAUUAAGCAAGUUGUAAUGCAGCAGGCAAUGAAGAAAGAUGAGCAAACAAAGAAACGUAAAGUAGAGGAUAUAGCAGAAAUUUGCAAAAACUUAGUGGAGAAGAAGAUGGAUGCUUUGGUAGCUAUUAAACAAGUACAUGAAAUCAUGCAGAAGAUUGAGAUUGAGAAGAAAAGUGGAUGA